UUGAAUUUUUUUCUUCAACUGUCGGUCAAUAUUUUCUACAUAAAGAAAUUGAGAAAUAUUUUUUGAAUAAAAAACACAUAAAAAAAUGGCCAAAGUUUAUCGUCAGUACAUUGCGGGUUUGGCUGCAGCGGGAGGAGCACUUGCAUGCGGUGCAACGAUCGGUUGGUCUUCGCCGGUACAAGAAGAGCUCACGGGUACGAAUGACUAUGGCAUAACAUUUACGACAAAUGAAUACGCUUGGAUUGGGUCUUUAAUGACUUUGGGCGCUGCUAUUGUUUGCCUACCCGUCGGCAUACUCAUAACAACAAUGGGUCCAAAAUGGACUAUGUUGUUGAUGGUUAUAAUUUUCGAAGUAGGUUGGGGUUUGUUAAUAUUCGCACAGAAUAAGAUGAUGAUAUAUAGUGCACGACUUUUAACGGGAAUGGCGGGUGGGUCCUUCUGCAUUUGUGCACCAAUGUAUUGUACGGCGAUUUCACAGACGGAGGUGCGAGGCAUCAUCGGCAGCUUCUUUCAAUUGUUCAUCACCACGGGUGUACUCUUCGGAUUUACUGUGGGUGGUUUAACAAAAACCUUCAUGUUCAGCAUAAUCUGUGCCAUUCCACCGCUCGUUUUUGCGAUAAUAUUUAUUUACAUGCCCGAUUCGCCGAUUUUCCUAAUAUCAAAAGGCAGAUUGGAAGCAGCACAAAAAUCCAUGGAGUGGUUGCGAGGCAAGGAUUUCGAUUUUAGUGCUGAAUUCAAUGAAAUGAAAGCAAAUGAUGCGAAAAUCAAGGAGAAUCCUGUUAAUAAGGGUGAAGCACUGUGUCGUAAGGUAACGCUGAAAGCAUUGGCACUCUCCAUAUCUCUAAUGGUGCUACAACAGUUUUGCGGUAUCAACGCAGUGAUUUUCUAUUCGACAAGCAUCUUCCAAGCUUCGGUCCAAGGAUUGGAGGCACGUUAUUGUACAAUUAUCAUUGGUGUGAUGUUGGUGUUCGCCACAGUAGUUUCUCUAUUCAUCAUCGAUAGAUAUGGACGCAUACCACUACUGCUAUUAUCAUCAGUAUCUCAAUUCAUUUCACUUGCACUCCUUUCGGUAUAUUUCUUUAUGAAGCAAAGAGAUGAAAAGUCUAUAGAGAGUCUCGGUUGGUUGCCCUUAGUCAGCAUAUGCAUUUAUAUAUUAAUGUUUUCGGUCGGUUUCGGUCCGGUACCGUGGGUAUUUAUGGCUGAAGUUUUCACCGAAGAUAUCAAGGGUAUUGCUGGUUCGUUGUCGGGUACAUCUAAUUGGGCGUGCGCCUUCAUAGUGACUCAAGUGUUUCCAAUUCUGAAUGAUUCGAUUGGUGGUGGAGCUUGUUUUGCUAUAUUCUCAAUCAUAUCAGCUGUGGGCGCUGUCUACAUCUACUUCUUCGUAUUGGAGACGAAGGGUAAAACCUUUGCCGAGAUUCAAGCUGAAUUGGAAGGAAAAAAAGAGUGAAGAAAAAAAUUAACAAGCGGCAGAUCCGAUUUUUAAUAUCUUUGAACUGUUUAUCAUGCACAAACCUUUAUAUAUAUAUGUAUUUUGUAAGCCCGGGUUUCAUUUGCCAAAUAUAUUGGUCUAAUUUGGAAUAAGUGUACUCUA